UUGGCCACCGGCUGCGGCCCUUGGGGCCCCGGCUUCCCUCAGCCACCGCUGGCUCCUCCUUGUUCCACUGGAAGUGUGAGGAGAACUCGCCGUCUGCUCCCCAGUGCGCCCCUCAAGAGCAGCUGAGGGUUUUCUUCUGCUCUCCGUCCAUCUUAGUCCAGCCCCUCAGUGCUGUUGGAGGAUCCCCUUCGGCGUGUGGGCUCCCACCGAAUGGUUGAUUCAGUGUUAGUGAUGGCUGCUGCCUCUGAGGAGAAACUGCUUCCAAAUAAGACAGAAAUUGUGGUCUGGAAGCCCAGAAAAGAAUGUUUGCAGCAGAAUAUUCCAAAUGUUCCUGAUGGCAAGUCUGAGGAGAGUGAAUCUGCUUCUACCUCUCCCAGUGAAGGUGAUGUUAGUGGCUCUACUGAUGAGGGCUGGUACAAUAUAUAUGCUGACCUGGAUGUGUGGGAUAAUGAAGUUUCUAGUAUACCUGAGUCUUCAGGGCAGCAAGAUGCAUCUGAGCAUGAGGUGGAAGACUGGGAUAGAGAACUAGAGGAGUUCACAUGUGGUCCUUACGAUGCUGACGAUCUCUCCUGUGGAAGCUUUGAGGAAAAUAAUCUUUCCAGCUCGUAUGUAUGGAAGGAGGAUUGGUUUUACAACCCGGGCUGUCAUCAUGCACCUUGCUUUGUUUUUCCACCACGAGUUAGAACAGUUGAGAAGGGCCAGUUUGAUGAUGCUGAUGAAUGAGGUUGAGCCUGGUCAGAAAUAAGUUUGGCUUCUGUGUUGGAUUAUGUUCUUCAGCGACUGUGCUGUGUCAAGUCCCUUGGCUUUUUUUCAGAGUUGGGCCUGAGGCCAGAAAUGUGUCACCAUCUCAAGGUUUUUGCUUUGAUUGUUUCUGAGCUGUUCAUAAACUGCCCAUCCUUGCCCAGGAGACAAGAGUGCAAAUGCUGGGUGUAAGGAGUCAGUGCAUUUCUGGAGGAUUUGUUUGUAUUAUAUAGAGCUAUAUUGCUGAUUAAUUGUUUGAGGAGAAGUAUUUAAUUUCUAAACUUCAGCUUGUUUGCUAGGCUUCUGUCAGUUUUGACAUGCUGAUCCUUAUGUUUUUGUGUAACUUUUAGUUUUCUUUCCUUUUCAUUUGAUGUUAUCUGAUUGGUUUGGAUAACUUUAAGAACUGUCCCUCCUUCAAGCUUGUCUGUUAUAUUUCCAUAUGGUUCUAAUGUUCACUUGUGAUUCUUGUACUGGUGUUUAACAAAAUCAGCUGUGGUGAGUAUAGAAGUUGUUUUGUGUUUAUUUUUGUGUAUUUCAGCAGCAAGGAAUUACAAAUACAUGAUACACAUUUUGCAAAUACAUGUGUUGAUAUAUAAGGGGGCCUUCUCCAUCCAGUAGGAAUGCUGGGUGCAUAAGGCUGCCUCCCAAAAAAGAUUUCUCCACAUCAGACCUUCUUGUGUAUGGGCAUAUUACCCUAGAAUCACACAGUUCUCUUUAUUAUAUUCUCAUGCAACUUCAGAUGUGUAAUGACAAAGAAAAUAUCUAUGCUUAUAUGUAUAUUGCAGUAUAUAAUCUCAGUGUUCUGCAGACAGUAGUGAAUUAAGGUUCCUGAUGGUGUUCUGCUGUUUGUGUUGUGGCAAAUGAGAGGAUGGGAACACAAAAUUACCUCCACAGAGACCCUAAGAGAAGAGGAGGAGCUAGAACCAUAUCCUUCUCACCUUUGCUCUGGAGAUAAAGGAAGUGUUCUCAAAUGAAAUAUGUCUCUCAGUGUUAUUAUCUGACAAAAUGUGGUACCUGCACUACUGGCAAUGGUGUCCUCUCAUCUCCAUGGUCCCUCCCAAAGCAGGAUAGCCUGAAGACUAGGACAAAAUCCUGUGCAUUACAGCGGUGUUGGCAUAUCUUGAGAGACCAGAACUGUGAUGAUGCCACAUAUUCCAAAUUUCUUCUGAUUUCAUGUUUUCUGUGCUGAUUUUUAAGAUCUGUCAGAGGUGUGGCUGAUCCAGCUGGAGGAGAGUGCAGUGAUGGCCUUUCACCCUGCAGCAUCCACAGAAGAGAAGGAGGAGGAGAGUGUGAGUCUCUAAUGUGUAGUACUCAUGGCCUGAUUCAUCCUUGACUUGAGCAGGCUCUAGGAGUGCCUAAAGUGAAGGUGAAAACCAGGAGAUGAAGUAACACCAAAUGGCUGGUGUAACUCUGACAUGUACAUAAAAUCUCCUAGUCCUUACAUCAAACUACUUGGUUAUUUCAGGGUGGUAACUGUACCAUUCUUCCUGAGGUUUAUGAGUAAGAUACCUGUUUUAGGUCUUUGCUAGCCUUAGGUCCAUCUGCUCUGUAAGAGUUGGAGUUGUGUGCUCUUUAGCUGGAGUAAGAAAAAUCCCAUAUAGUUCUGUCCACAGAGAAGAAUGGGAUUAAAUUUUGAAUUACCUCAGUAACCAUAUCCUCUUUUUCAUAUUAAAUGAAUAGGGAACUGCUUAUUUAAAUUCUACAAACAGCUUUGAAAAUAGCCAAGUGUCCUCACAGAUCUGCAACAUGCAUUCUAGAUAGAUUGUUGUUUAAACAAAAUGCUUCCCAUAAUAUGCACCCUUACAAGUACAUACUUGGGUCCAUUCAGGGCAUGUUUCUGAAAGAGCUUUUUCACCAAAACCAAUGUGUUUGAAAGUUCAAUUUUCUGGCACUUUUGAAUCUGCUCCCUGAACGCAUUCUGAGGCUUGGAAACAUCAUGUGGUUUGUAUAAAUAAAAACACCAAAUUGCCUGGGGUGCAUCUGUGGCCCUUGCUGUGCAAGCUGGCUGUUUCUCUGCCAUCAGCCUGACAUUUCCAAUCAAGUUUUUAAUGGACUCCUGGGGCUCCCCCAGUUUCUGUUCAAGCAGAAUCUGGCACCAGUCUCCCCAAGUCCAUAGCAAUGAAAAGCUUUAUUUUAGCUUUUGAUUGUACAGAAAUUUAGUGACAGUAGGAAAGAAAUAAAAUGGUUGGAUGAGUGCCAGAAUAGCAGGAAAGAGCUGUCUUUAGAAAAAAUUCAUAACCUGCAUUUUAUUUUGUCAAAUUAGGAAGCGCAAAGUAUAAGGCAACCAUAGAUCAGACUUCUCUGUAAUCUUUCCCAGAUUUUGACAGAUUGACAAUUUUAAUUAAGAGUGCUUUGUUUAAUUCAUUUUGUCUUUACACCUGAGAGUGUUCACAGGCCUGUGCAGGUUUGGACUGCAAUUCCGCUCUUUUUUUUUUUAAAUAUAAUUGUUGGUCAUUAAAAGAAAUUGAGGUAAA